AUGCCGUCGCACCUCGGACUGGGACUUUUCUGGCGUUUAGUUAUUUCCUGGCACUCCUUUCAUGCAACACUCGUCUGCCUAUUUAAGGAGCACAUCGAUCUUGGGAUCAAAUAUGAUCCAGCCAUUGGAAUCUAUGGCAUGGACUUCUACGUGGUGCUUGAUCGUGCCGGUCGCCGUGUGGCUAAGAGAAGACGCGCUCCGGGUCGUGUUGGACCGUCUCAUCGUGUGAGUCGCGAUGAAGCCGUCAAGUGGUUCCAGCAGAAGUACGACGGCAUUAUUCUUCCACCUCGGCCUAAGGUCAAGCGCACUGUCCAUCGUAGGCGCUGA